UAAAAAAAAAUCAUCAUGAUCACACUGGUACAGAAAGCCAUGAAGUAUGCUGUUGGGGGCAGCACGAGUGACUCCUACCAAGAGACAGUGAGCUCCAGGCCAAAGCUUGAGGAAUUUGUGUCUACAUCUAAUUCUGUGCCAGAGACCAAAGAGUUUCAAGGACUGGUGACAUCUAUAGACAGCUCAUGCAUUGUUAUUGACCAAGAUGUGUAUUGUGAACCAUCCAUGCUUCCAUCAGACAAGAGGGUGUCCGUGGGUGUAAAGGUGAAGGGCUCAGCCCAGAGAGCAGGCAGGCAUGAGAUGUGGCGAGCUGAGAAAAUAGAGCUAGUGCAGGAAGAGUGGGAAGCUGGCUGUAAAGGGAAAGACAAAGUUGCUCGGAAUGGUGAAGCUAUUGCGUCCAAAGAUUUGGCUGAGGGAAUUCCAGGGAUUUUUAAAAGUGAUGUAUUGUCGUCCAUGUCACCAAGAUCUAGCCAUCCAGGACACCUAACCAAGAACAGUGAAGACAUACCAAAGUCGGGAGGGCCAACAACUAUAAUUGGAAAAGUAACCGGCACAUUUGGUGAUACUGUAACCUUGAAUGACAGCGUUUACUUUGACAUCACAAAUGCAAGCUGCAACAUGGCUUUGGUGAAAGGGGACUGGAUUGUAUGUGAGUUAGAUGGUAGCUCUUCAGUAGAUGGUGAUGAUGCCAGUCAGAUGAAUGGGAGGAUCUGGGUAUCUUCUGUCAGACCCUUGAGAAAGAAGAGAGUGAGAGGAGAGGUGACUCAUUCUUACCAGUCACAUUUCAUCAUCAAUGAGGAGAUUUUCUGCAGCAGAGCCACACCAGGAGGCAACUGUGCCAGAGCUGGGGAUGCCAUGACUGUGGAGGUGAUUGAGAGUGAGCAGGGAAAGAUGUGUUGGCGAGCUGUCAGCCUUGCCUCCCCCGCCACCCCUCCCUCCACACAGGAACCAGGACCUCACCAGGAUGUGGCACAUUUGGUUUCUGUGCCAAAGGUUGUUGUGGGAGACAACAGGAUUAGAGAAAUAUUAGAGAAUAAAGGGGACGUAACUGUGUCCCAGCCUGUCAGUUUUCGUCCUGUUGUGCUGGGAGCUGCAGCUUUCACUAGUGUGAUCAUUAAGAACACCGGGCAGGCACCCAGAACCUUGAAGAGAGUGUACUUUGUAUCUGCGUGUCAGGAAGGCCAGUUCAGUGUGACAUCAUGUUCAUCUGGAGGAGUAGUGGAUGGCAGUCCAAGGACAAUGGAUCCCGGAGCUGUGGUUGUGGUCAAAUUGUGUUGUGCAGGAACACUUAUUGGCUCAUUCAGGCAGCUGUGCAUAUUUGAAUUUGAAGACUUUCAUAUUGGAAGACAUGUUGAUGCUACUGUGGAGGAUCCUCUCAUGACCUCCUUGGCGCCAGUUACCUCAUUCACCCGCCGGCCACUCAGUCACCCAUUUAGCAUGCCUGAGGUGAAAGAUAUCAUUGUGGGGCAAAGGUCCUUUAAGCCUUCACCAUUUAUACCGGUGAAGUUGCCAGCAGUACAUAUUCCUGGAAAGCUGUGGACUGAGGUGACAAGAGGAGACCUUUCCAACGUAGCAAAAGUUCUCAGGGAGCCUCUUACUGCUGAUACCUACAGAGAAAAGUUUUCUCUCUUACUUCACUUGGAAGAAAUAAUGAUGAUUCAACAAAUGAGGCAGUUUGACAUGGCAAGGGCCAGUUUUACACCAUGCCGGGAGUACUUGAGCCUGUCAGUGCCAGGGCUGGCGGAGAAGCGUCCCUCCCUGCUGAUAGGAGACACAGUGAUAGCCACAGACCUGUGCAACCCGAGGGAGGUGGAGUACGAGGGCUGCAUUCAUGAGGUGUUCGGUACACAGAUCCUGUUGAAGUUCCACACCUCUUUUCACACUAGCUACCACGGAGAAGACUACAAAGUGAGAUUCAACUUUAAUCGAACUCCACUCCGCAGGUGCCACUUUGCCCUCGACUACACCAUGAAACAGCUUGGGAGUGACAUCCUCUUUCCCUCCAGAUUGAGGCUUCAGCUACCACAGGUUUGCUACAUUGACCCUGAGACACAGAGCCUAAUCAAGAACUGGAGGAAUUGCCCUUCAAGAAGUCACCAGUCAUCUCUCGAGGCCAAGGACACUAACAAGUUGCCAUUAGCGCCAGAUGACAAAGAUGGCUUAGUCCUGAAGAAAUGUAAAAAUGGAGUGGUUACGGGUGAUACAAAAGAAGAACUGCCGGGCAAGGUCUUGGGGAGUGCUUCCAAAAGUAAAAGUUGCUAUGUUAUACCAGUACUGCCAUUCAGUUCUGCAAGGAAGAAAACUCAAGGUAUGCAGAAGCUCCCAACCCUGAGCUGGUUUAACAAGACCCUUAAUCAGGAGCAGAAGCUUGCAGUUCGUAGGAUCUUAGAGGGAACCACUCGCCCUCUCCCAUACAUCAUCUUUGGCCCACCUGGCACUGGCAAGACAGUGACCCUGGUUGAGGCUGUCCUUCAGAUCCUGACUAUGAUAGGUCAUAGCCGAUUGUUGAUUGUAACUCCCUCCAAUAGUGCCUCAGACCUUGUGGCAAUGAGGCUGAUGGACUCGGGCAAGCUGAUGACGAGUGACAUGGUACGCCUGAUUGCUUACCAGAGAGUUAAGGAGAGCAUCCCUGAGGCACUUCUUCCAUAUUGCUGUAAUGGCAGUGAGCUGGGAGUGAGAACCCACCAAAGAAUAAUAGUGACCACUGCCACAUGUGCUGGGGUGCUGUACAUGGAGGGCCUCCAUGAGGGGCACUUCAGCCACAUACUGAUGGAUGAGGCUGGCCAGAUGACUGAACCUGAAUGUCUGGUGCCCCUUGGGUUGCUGAGCAGAAAGACUGGGCAGAUAGUGCUGGCUGGUGACCCUUUGCAGCUGGGCCCAGUCAUACAGAGUAACAUGGCCAAGCAGGGAGGGCUCCAGCAGUCCCUCUUGGAACGGCUGUGCCAAACAGUUCUCUACCAAGCUCAGGAAAGGGAGGAGUCCAUUGCUUGGGUCUAUGAGCCCAGUUUAGUGACCCAGUUGGUGAAGAACUACCGCUCCCACCCUGACAUACUGGCUGUCCCUUCCCGUCUAUUCUACAAAAAUACCCUUCAGGCCUGUGCUAAUAAUGAGACACAAGAGCACUUGCUGUUAUGGAAGGAGCUGCCAAAUAAGUGCUGCCCAAUUCUGUUCCAUGGGGUUGUUGGGACUAAUCUUCGGGAGGGAGACUCCCCUUCAUGGUUCAAUCCCGCUGAGGCCUUCCAGGUUGUGCGUUAUACCAAGAGUCUGCUGCUACAUGGAGUGAAAGAAAGAAACAUUGGUCUGAUAACCCCAUACAGAAAACAGAUUGAAAAGAUUUACAAGCUUCUCACUACUUUUGGUAUUGAAGAUGUGAAGGUGGGCUCUGUUGAAGAAUUUCAGGGACAAGAACGAAAUGUAAUCCUCAUUUCAACAGUGAGGUCUUCCGAAGUGUGGGCUGAGGUGGAUGCAAAGUACAAUCUUGGCUUCAUGAAGUGCUGCAAAAGAUUCAAUGUGGCAGUCACCAGAGCACAGGGUCUGCUGGUGGUGGUGGGAAACCCCCUUUUGUUGAGUAUGGAUGAUUCUUGGAAGGAACUGAUAAAAUUCUGCAUUGAAAAACACUCCUACCGAGGCCCUGAACUUCAAGACCUCGGGUGAAGAGAGGGAAUGUUAUAUUGGAAGAAAUGUAACCAUGUGCUGCAUAUAUAUAUAUAUAUAUA